AUGGCUGGAGUGUUAUUCAUUGUAAACAUACCACGUCGUGAACACGAAGAAGAAUUAAGAAAUAAGGAGAAAACUAUAAAAACUGCAAACGCAAAAGAACACUGUGAUCAAACAUCAAAAAUUAUCAACGAAUUAAAAGAGAAUAAAAAAUUCGAUGAUUUGAAGAAAACCAUCAAAUCCCAUUUACAGGAAACGGAUAACAAUGUCAUAUCAAAGAGCAAAUCUACGGAUUGCCUUAAUCCAAAUAAACAAGAGACCGGGCUAUACAAAUCAAAAACUGAAACGACACUGAACGUGGACUCGGGUACUGACGAGGAAAACAUCUUAAAGUCCUCAUGGGUUAAGCAAGUGAUGAAGCCCAAAAAGAACAAGUUGAAAAUAACAACACCAGAUCGAGGAGUGAACAUUUUAGCUACUUUUCGCUGUGAUACACCUCUUGAAGUUAUACUUUCAGAAGUCAUUACUCGUCUAAAUGUCAAGAGCGCUGGAUGGAGUUCCACAAAAGACGACAAAUUUUGGAAGGUGAUAUUUUCAUUGGAGUCUGGCAACAUUUGCGAAGAAUUACUGCAAGUCCUAAGAACUUUCGGCAUCGGAUCGCGCUUCCAGUCCUCAAUUAGUGUUAUACCCUGCGCUCUUUACUACAAGGAUAAUCACGACAGUCAAGCCGGCACUGAGAAAGAAAUCGCGGGGUUAGAAAAUGGUCCUGACUCUGCAUGGUCUCGCUUCUCGUCAUCCGUACGUGCGCGAAACAACCUCGCCCAAAUUCUGCAUGAUGUCAGAGCCGAAGCGGCGCUAACGUUCGAUUGGAUAUUCUUGUUAAUUGUUGCUGCAUUUGUAGCAGCCAUUGGUCUGGUAGAGAAUUCGACCGUGAUUCUUGUUGCUAGUAUGCUGAUUUCACCACUUAUGGGUCCCAUAACAGCAGGUACUUUGGGAACAGCAGUUCAGGACCGUUCUCUACAACAAAUGGGCGUCAUUCAUGAGCUCUUCGGACUUUUCCUCUCUUUGAUCAUUGGUUUCAUCUUUGGACUUGCCAUUUGCGCUGUUGACGAGAAAUAUGGAGUUGGAGAUUGGCCUACUUAUGAAAUGAUGUCCAGAUGUGAAAUUCGGUCCCUCUGGGUCGGUCUAUUGGUAGCAAUUCCGAGCGGUGCCGGAGUCGCUCUUGCCGUCCUGGGAGAGUACACUGCUUCGCUUGUUGGUGUUGCCAUAUCUGCCUCUUUGUUGCCACCGGCUGUAAAUGCUGGUCUGCUUUGGGCCAUGGCAUUAGUACACUUAAUUUUCAUGGACGACGAUACCCGCUGGACUACCGUUGUGAAAACCACCAUAUACAGCACAAACCAACCGACUGAGCUCGCUGUGCUGGGCGCAGUGUCAUUAUGCCUAACACUUGUCAAUAUCAUGUGCAUUUUCCUAGCUGGAGUUGCUGUUUAUAAGGUAAAAGAAGUUUGCCCUUUUGAAAAAAGAGAUUUGCAUUGGUGGAAAACAAACAAACAUUUCAUGUAUACUUCUAAAAAUAAACGUAAAAAAGACGAUUCCAUGACAUGGGAUAUUUAUAGCAAAUGGUGUAACGAAAUGCGAAAUUCAAACCAAGUAACAGACAGUAAAGAAACUGCAGUAGGUUUAAUACAAAGUGACACUGUAACGUACAGACGACACCAUUUUUUGCCACAACGUGUGAAGGCUCAAAGCAUUGAAUCCUACUACAAUCGAAAUGGGCAGAUGGCCGAAAACUGCAUGGCAUUGAACCCAGAUCUAGCAAUACACCCUAAUCAAAACACUAAAGUUGACAUAAAUAACGACAAAUCUUCUGACAUUGAGUCCAUCAGCAGUAGAAACAAAGAUUAUUUAGAAAACACGGAUUACGGGUUCUGCAACAAAGGUUUUGAAGACGUAAUUAGCAACUUUAAAGGGGACCAGAAUCAUCCUACUAUAGAACCGUCUUUCAACCUUACAGUAGAUUCGAAAAAAUGUGGAAUUGUAUUGAACAAUAAAUCAUACGAUGUUUAAAUAUAUUUUCGCAUUAGCUAGUUCUAG